UUCCGUCCAGAGAGUUUUUCCUAUGCAUGGAUUGCCUUAAGUUUAUUGUUGUGUGGCAUGGCAACUUUUAGUAAAGAACAAGGAAUCACUGUAAUUGUAAGUAAUUUAUGAUUAUGUUCAUUGGUCUACAUUCACAUCACCAUGGGGUCUCAGGGUAAAACUUCAAAUAACUUAAUUUGUAUAUGGUCACAUCACCAUCUUGGGUCUCAGUGUAAACCUUCACAUAACUCUACUCUUCUUAUUAAUAUAAUUCUACAGAUAUUUUUCAAAUUAUAAUUUUUUUUUAAGUAUUUUUUUUUUCAAGAAGAAUUUAGAAGUUCUUAAGUUUAAAAUGAUACAUGUUAAACAAGUUUUUAUGUUUAUGUUCUUAUUUCAAUAGCAAAUACUUUAUCAUUUCAGGGUAUUUGUAGUGCCUUUGACAUUAUAAUAGUAUGUGGUAUUGAUAUGGGUUGUUACCUUUCCCUUGGCAAGCUUGAAUCUACACCAGCACCAUCAAAUGGGACAAGCACCACAAAUGGAACAAGAUCCAACAAGGUUAGCCAGUCAUGGCUAUGGUUUGUUUCAAUUUGUUAUUAUUCAUUCAUUCAGUCCUCAUGUGCUGACUGGUUCUUGAGGCAGCUGCCAAGAAAUGUCAUGCAUCUUGUCAGGAGAAGAUUCCCUACUUUUCUGCAUCAGAUCUCUAUCAAUGUUCUGGGGUUCCCUGUUUAGGCAAAAGCAUACCAGAUGAAUUGUUCAUCAAAUCUUGAAAUUAAUUGCUAAAAUCCAUGAGAUCCUGGUAAGGGGAGAAUAUUUGAAUUUUUUAUAUAUUUUUUUGGUGUUAAAUUCAUCAUUCAGCAAAACAAUUUACCGUUAUAAUAUAAUUUCAGUAAAAUUUCCCUUUUGUGUUGAAAUUAUUUUAACCACUAAGAUAAGUCUGAUGAUUUUAUUAACGUAGGAAAACCAUUUCAAAUAAAUUCUUGCAGGGCAAGUCAAGAUAUUCACAGUGGCAGAUUUCCUUGAUUAAACGACAUUUGCUCCUAGUUGUUGCUGCAACAUUCCUACUGGCUGUUCGAUGGCGGGUCAUGGGUUCAGCCCCACCGACAUUCCAAGUCCAUGAUAACCCUCACUCGUUUGUUGAAGGUGGCUUUUUUCGGGUCUGUUGAAGCUGCAGAAUUUUUGUUGGAAUACAAAGUAUUUUGAAAUUAGCAUUUAAUUUUUAACUACCAUAUUUUACGGACUAUACGACGAACUUUUUUCCUAAAAAAAUUACCUCCAAAAUUCAGGUUCCUCUUAUACUCAAAAUUAAUAUAAAAGUGGUAAAAAUGUUUUUGUUUUUUUAAAUUGCUUAAAAAUUAAGGUGCGUCUUAUAGUCCGUAGCGACUUAUAGUCCGUAAAAUACGGUAUUUAGUAAUCUCUUAGUUUUUAAAUAUAUAUUCCAACUGAAACCCAUUUUUUGUUUUUUUACUUAAUUUAUUAGAAAUGUUUCUUUUAGAGUAAUUUAUUUUGUAACAUUCAAAAGAGAUCAUCUUUGAAAUAAUAAAAUGUAUGUCUUCAUUAAAGGCCCUCAACUACAACUACUUGUAUGCAAUUAAUGCCUGGAUCCUGGUCUGCCCACAAUGGCUUUGUUUUGAUUGGUCCAUGGGUUGUGUGCCCACCAUUGAGUCACUCACUGAUGUUCGUCUGGUUUGCCUGGCGGCCUUGUGGACUGUUUUGUCACUUUUGGCUUGGACAUGUCUGUAUGCUGAAAAUACAAGAUUGAAAAGGUUGGUAUUAGACAGUGAGCUAAGGUAAGUGCCAUCAUGGGGUGGGGAGGGUUGGUGCAAGAUUUUUGCUUACCAUGAAAAUACUGCAACUAACCACCCCUCCAUGAAAAGAAAAAUGUCGCCUGAAACAAAAUUCCCCCCCCCCCCCCACAAUUCCCCCUUCAUCGUCCCUGGUAUUAGAAUUACUGAUAUGUUUGGCUUAUGUGCAUAAGUUCACAUAAAAUUCAGUUGAUGCUUGGAAGAUGGCAUCGCAUGUUCUGACCAACUUUUGCUGUAUCUUUUCUGCCUUAAGGAAAUGGAUGCAAUUCCAGUAGGAAGCAUUAUUGAUUUAAAAAAACAUUUUUUUUUUUAAAAAGGAAAUACAAUAUAAUAUAAUAAAUGGAAAGCUUUAUCAUUUUCAAGCAUAUCUACUCUAUAUUCCUGCAUAAAAUUCAAUAGUUUCUAAAUUUUGAUAAUUUCAUCAUCUAACAUCACUUUUAAAUUCACUAACUCUCUGCCCAUACAGAAGAGUUCCUUUUUAUGUCACUCAGUGUUUCACUGUUCAUAAGUGACAAAUUGGAAAAUUCAUCACAUUUUUUUCAGUCAUUAACAUAACCGUUUCCUCUUGACAACACAAAUGUAUUUUAUUAUUAAUAUUCCUAAAGGUCCUUGUCUUUGGCUAUGGCACUGAUCAUCAUACCCUUCCUUCCCGCCACCAACAUCCUGUUUCGAGUAGGCUUUGUUGUGGCUGAGAGAGUUCUGUACCUUCCCUCUGCCGGAUUCUGUCUUGUUGUUGUCCUGGGAGUGCAGCAGUUGUCUCUGAAGAAAGGUUUCAGCAAAGUAAAGUCACAUUAAUUCCAUUAAUACUAAGAUGUGUAACUGCCUUAGCAAACAAUUUUCUGAAUUAAAACAAUUAAAUGGUUUAAACAAAAUUAAAUAUAUUUGUGUAUUUAUUUAAUAUUUAUCUUUGGAAAGAUUUUCGGACAAAAGUGCAUGAAUGAUUUAAUUUGUUUACCAUUAGGUUAUUGGUUUUGGAUUCCUAUUGCUGCUUCUUGUUUUCUCCUCACGUUCUGUUCAGGUGAGUCUCUUUUCAUUAAUUCUGAAACAUUAAUUCCUAUUUUGUUGGGGAUUUUUUCAAUCGCCGAAGCAUUGAGAUUAGAUGCACAAUUUAUGAUCCCAAAUUAAUUAUGACCAUUCUAACCAGAUAUUGUAUUUUCAUAAAAUCUUAAUGUAGUACAGCACUUGUAUAAAAACAUAUAAUUCAUAAUACUGUAUAAUUUUAAUUUUAUGUAAAUAUUUAUAACCCCCAGGGUUAUUUUGAGUUCUUUAGUCCACAAUUCCUUGUAAAAUUAAUCCAGACUUUGAAAAAAAAAAUCUAACAAUAAAAUAUGUUAACAGAGGAGCAAUGAAUGGAGACGAGGCAUGUGGCUCUUCAAAUCUGGAGAGAAUGUUUGUCCUCUCAAUGCUAAGGUAAAUCACACUUUCCCAAUACUAAUAGUAAGUUAAAUGUUUCAAAGGACAGACAAGUUCUUUUGUAAAAAUCAAAAUGCCAAUUAAAAAAAAAUUAUAAUUGCUGAAAUAUCUAUCAUUUUAAUGACACACAGGUUCACUACAACAUUGCUAAACUGAGUUCUGACAGUGGGAAUACAACUUUUGCUAUAGAGCAAUAUGAACUGGCAAUAAAGUAGGUGAAUUAAUUUUGUUGCUACAGGGCUGAUGGAUACGAGUGGGAUCUUACAAGCAGUGCAUACACAUGUAUUUUUUAAAUUAUAAUGAUUAGAAGUACCAUAAGCUUUUCAUAAAGCUUACACAGCUUUUCAUAAAGCUUACACAGUUUAUAGGACACUGACUAUCAGUGGGAAUUUGAAGGGUUAAGCUUUUUUUUUCAUUAAGACACAACAAAGUACAGAAAAUAUAUACUAAAAGAUUAUUUUAUUUGUGGUGCUUAAAAAAAUAUAUCACCUGUUGCUUAUUUCAAAGUCUUUCCACAAUAACUUGACCUUUGAUAAAACCCAGGCUGAAUCCAGUCUAUGAUCAGGCCAUGAACAACUUGGCUAACAUAUACAAGGACCAAAACAAGGUGGAAGAAGCUGAAAUCUUGCUGGACAAGGCAGUUCAAAUAUCGUAAGUAAAUCAUCCUAAGUUAUUACCUCAAUCAACUUUUUCAGGCUACUUUAUGUUUAUUAAGAUACACUUUAAUUAAAAUUUUAAUGGGUCCAUACCUUAAUGGAUUUGUAAUUUUAUUAUUCAAAAUAUUAACAAUUUAAUUUUAUUGAAUUUAAUUUUUAAUAAAUGUUGCAAUGAUAUAAAAAAAUAAAUAAAUGUAUAUUAGCCCAGACUUUGCUGCAGCAUGGAUGAACAGGGGAAUUGUCAAAGGUGCCCUUAAGAAAUACUCAGAAGCAGAACACAGCUAUAAGCAAGGCAUCCGCUGCCGCAGGAACUAUCCAGACUGUUACUAUAACCUUGGAAAUUUGGUAAAAAUAAUGGUUGAGAAAUAUUAGUUUUUAUUUGUAUUUUUGUAAAUCAUAAUUUUCCACACCACAUUAAGAAAUGAAGACAAUUAUAAAUGAUUUUGUUUUUUUUUUUUAGUCUAUUGAAAAUGAGUUUUCUCUCUCUACUGAAAAUGAGUUUUCUCUCUCUACUGAAAAUCAGUUUUUCAAAACUUUUAGAAGUGAUUUUGUUUUGAAGAAUACCUUUUGGCAUAUCCUUUUAGGCCCUGUAUUUAAAAAAAAAAAACACACAAAGGUGUAGCUGACUUUAUAUUGCAAACAGAUCUCUACCCAUCUACUACUUUAAUUACUAUGAAUUAUUUUGGAAAAAAAAGUAAAAGGAAAAAAAAAAUUCUAAAAUGAUUUUUUUCUCUCUAAUGAAAAUCAGUUUUUCAAAACUUUUAGAAGUUAUUUUGUUUUGAAGAAAACCUUUUGGCAUAUCCUUUUAGGCCCUGUAUUUAAAAAAAAAAAACACACAAAGGUGUAGCUGACUUUAUAUUGCAAACAGAUCUCUACCCAUCUACUACUUUAAUUGCUAUGAAUUAUUUUGGAAAAAAAAGUGAAAGGAAAAAAAAAAAGCAUAAACCUUAUUUGUACAACAGUACUUGGACAUGAACCGUUCUCAAGAUGCAUUGGAUGCUUGGCGAAAUGCUACAGUGCUCAAACCAACACAUUGGAAUUCAUGGAACAAUGCUAUAAUUUUAAUGGAUAAUUUAAGUAAGUCUUAUUAUUAAGUCUAUGGAAGAAAGUGACAACAUUUUAUUUAUUAUAAAAUAUUUCGUACAUUUUCAAUCCAAGUGGAAUAUUAGAUCAUUAUCUCUCAAACCCUCAGAUAACCAUGAUGUAUUCUAACACUUCUCUGUCUGCUAUAAAUAUAAAAUUGUUCCAUUCAGGUGCUAAGUCUCUCUCUACUUUCACAUUCAACAGGAGAAAACAUUUAUUCAUUAGAAAAGAUGUAAAAUACUAAAGUUGGUAAUUUUCAUUUAUUCAUUCUAAUUAGGUCUCUGAUCUCUUUCACAACACAAUUCACAUGAAAGUAUAUGUUAAAAUAUCUACUUCCACAUUUUACAACUUGUAUAGUAAUAAUUAUCCAUUUACAAUGUACUAAAUUUAAUUGGGGGAUUUUGUAUAUUUUCAUCAUGAAAAUGCAGAAUACUUUCAUUUUGUUCCUUUCAUUUCAUUUAGAAAUGUAUGAUCAGGCGGAAAACUUAGCACUAACCGCCUUGAAAAUAAUGCCAGAUAAUCCUAGCCUCAUCUUCAGUCUGGCCAAUGUUUAUGGAAAGCAGGAGAAGUACGCAGAGAGUGAAAAAAUGUUUUUAGCAGCAAUCAAGAGAGACCCAUCUAACCCAAACAUUCAUUUGAACUUAGGUUAGUGCAAAACAAUUAAACAGAUGCAUAUAUUUCAUAGUAUAAUUUAAAAUUUAAAAAAAAGGAAAUAUUGGAAGCAUAAAGGUGUAUUGAUUUUGUUUAUUUAUAUAUAUAUAUAUAUAUUAUAUAAACUCCAUUACUUCUAUGGAUGCUUUUAAUACAUUGUGUUUCAUACUUCCUCUCCAUAACUUUCACAGUACUGUUACAUUUUGGUCCAGUUUUGAAUAUAAAUAUAGCAAGAGUAGAUAUUACCUUAAAUGCAUCCCGUUGCAGAAAUGUAACAUACUCAUUUAUCGCAUUCAAAACUUUGGUAAAAAUAAAUUGGAACGAACUCAUGAUGUUGUAGUACUGCUACGUAGCUUUACUGAAAUUUGCGCAUACGCUAGUGACCUACAUUUUUAAACCCACGGCACGAGAGGUUACACUGUCGCAACACCGCUUGUUGACUCGACUAUUUUUGUUGACAUUCAAGCGUUCUCAAAAGUAUCUAAAACGCUUAUAUCUACAAAAAAAUAAAUAUAUUUUUGUUUUUUCUUAAGGUUAGUAUUAAUUUGAUUACUAAUUUUUUCUCAUGGAUUGUGUAUUUGUAAUUAGUAAUUUAAACAAAUUUGUAUGUUGCAGAAAUGCAACAUUAUGCAUCUCGCCAUUUUUUUAAUAGUGCUAGUAUUAGUAAUUACCAUUGUGUUGACCAUUGUUAUUGUUAUGCUCGAUCAAUUUUUGUGUUGCUACAGACUAAUGCCGGUAUAUUUUUUUUGUUGUUGUUUGUUUUGACCAUUUUUAUUAUUGAUAGCAUUAGUAUUGCCAUUAUUUAUUUGAUCAAUACUUUGUAUGUUUUUUAUUUGGUUUUAUUUAUUUAUUUUUUGUGUACUAAUAAUGACUUAUAGUAGUAAUAGUAAUCAAUAUACAUUUGUCUAUAUUUUUCAGCUAUGUCAAACAGAAGCGAAAAGAAGCUACUAACUGAGGAGGAGCUGCAAUACAUGAUAGACAAUUUAAGUGAACUUAGUGAAGAUGAAAAUUUGUCAGAUGUGGAUUCCCUUAUUGACCCUGAUUAUUUACCUGAUGAUGAUGAAGACUUACAAAGUUUGAACGAACAAGAUUUGCAUGAUGACGAUGAAGUGACAGCCGAGAUAAGCUCAAAUGAUGAAGGACAGCAUGAAGCUAAUACUGAACAGGCUGCACCAUCCAAUUCAAAGUCACACAAGAAAAGGACUGAGAUAAUUUGGAAAAAUAAGAACUGAGUCUUGAACGAGGACCAGCUUAGAUUUCAUGGGAAUGAAAAUCUUCCAGGUGUAUUUCAAGAAAUGACUUCACCAUAUGAAUGUUUUCAACACCUUUUUUCAGAUGAUUUGCUGCAAAAGAUUGUUGAUGGAUCAAAUUUAUAUGCCACACAGACUGACAUAAACAAGCCACUAAAUCUCAAUACAUCAGAACUAAGACAAUAUAUCUGUAUGAUUAUUUACAUGUCAAAAUUACGCGUGCCAAAUGUGCGAUGCUAUUGGUCACCAGAUUUGGAACUUAUCGUGAUAGUGAACUGUAUGGCAGCUAAUAAAUUUGAGAAAAUUCGCCAGUUUAUUCAUUUCAAUGAUAACACCAAACAUUUACCUCAAGAUAACCCUUCUCAUGAUAGACUUCACAAAAUAAGGCCACUUAUUGACCAUCUCAAUGUAAAAAAUGCUAUGGUUCCUCUAGAAGCACAAUUGUCAGUAGAUGAACAGCUAUGCUCUACAAAAGUCCAUCAUUUCUUAAAGCAGUAUCUUCCAAUGAAACCCUUGAAGUGGGGUUUUAAAUUAUUUGUGCUUUGUGGAGUGAGCGAAUUCGCUUAUAAAUUUGAAGUGUACUCUGGUCAAGAAAACAAAAGAAAAGAAUCGGAUCAACCCGAUCUUGGAGCUUCUGCCAAUGUUGUGAUAAGACUAUCCACAAUCAUCCCAGCAAACCAAAAUUACAGGCUGUAUUUUGAUAACUACUACACCUGCCCUGCUCUGUUGGCAUAUCUGACUAAAAAAGGUAUAUUUAGCUUGGGCACUGUUCGCCGAAACAGAAUACCCAAUUGCAAACUUCCCACAGAAAAGGAAAUGAAAAAGGAUGCUAGAGUGACAUCAUAUGAGUUUGUCGGAGAAUUCGAUGGAAUAGAUGUAACCUCCUUGGUCUGGAAGGAUAACAAAGCAGGAACUCUGCUGUCAACAUUUGCAGGCAAGCUACCAGUGACAACCAUAAAACGUUUUGACAAAAAAGCAAAGACAACGAUAGACAUUAGCUGUCCUUUUGUCAUUAAAGAGUACAAUCGCCACAUGGGCGGUGUUGACUUGCUAGAUGCUAUAAUGGCUCGACACAAAAUUGUUUUAAAAAGCAAGAAGUGGUAUAUGCGCCUUUUUUACCAUUUCAUUGACAUGGCACUGGCAAACUCAUGGAUUCUCUUCAAGAGAAUUUCAAAAAUCAAAGAAAAUGUUCACGACAAAAUUACAUUUUUUCAGUUCCGGAAGGAAGUGGCUCUCUGUCUAAUGAAAAUUGGACAAAGAAAUGCAAUAAAAAGAGGUCGCCCUAGCAACAGCACAGUUGAAGAAAUGAUGGCCACUAAAAGAAAAAGUGUCCCAGCCCAGCAUGCCCCACCAAAAGACAUUCGACUGGAUCAAGUAGGAAAUUAGCUAACGUGGACUGAUGUACGUGGCAGAUGUAAAUACCCUAAAUGUAAAGGGUUUGCACAAACUCUGUGUGAGAAAUGGGGCGUAAAUCUGUGCUGCUAUAAGAAAAACAAUUGCUUCAAAAAUUAUCAUGUUUCUGAAUAAAAAUGAGUCUUUGAUGCAUGAUGUUGCAGAUAUACAAAAUAUUUUUUUUUUAAAUAAAACAUUACAACUUUUUAAAAAAAAAUUUUUUUAAUUUUUUCAUGAAUAAACAAAUAAUAAUAGUCUACAUACAUAUGAUUUUUUUCAAUGUUUUUAAAAAAAUCAUGCAUUUAAGGGUUUAAUGUAUUUUUGCUUAAAAUCAUUUUGUGUCUCAAUUAAUAGAAGAUUACUCAUCUGAUUAGGAAGUUUAAGAUUUGCAAUGCUCAGUGAUCAAACCAUUUGUAAUUAUAAUUCUUUUAUAUUUUAAAAAAAAAAAGCAAUGUACAGGUUAAGAUAUGAUAUUUCCAGCUGAAGGGUAUAUUGAUAUUUUAUUUUAAAUAAAUCACAUUUUAAAAGUGAUUUCCUUUGAUGCAUAUCUAGAAUUGAUCUUUUCCAAAUUAAGUUUACUUUUUUUAUCCAGGUGUUUUAUAUCAUCGCUGGGGCAAGUACAAUCAGGCUGAAGCAUCCUAUCAGAGGUCACUGCUGAUAAGCCCAAACAAUGCCAUAGCUCUGGAGAAUAUGAAUCUGCUCAAAGCAAAGAUGAAGAGCUCCUCAUAAUGCUAUAUACUGUACACAUAAAUGGAAGAGUAUGGACAACAACAAUUGUGUAUAACUGCUGUUUUUAUCCUCUUUAGUCUUACAACAUUUUAAAAAUAAUUAUUAAAAUUCAGGGACACAAUAUUCAGGCUUUAAAAACAGAUCACCUUUUUUAAGUGAGGAGCACUUUCCAUGCAAAUAAUUAUCAAUAGAAUAGUUACACUUGAGCUGAAGGAGUAUAUAAUAGGUCCCAUCUUACUUUGUAAGGGGGUUAAAUGGCUACACGACAACUUGUUAAUUUAUUGAAUUUUCUUUCAAUGAACCUUUUAAAAUUUUGCAACAUUUUUGGCUGAGCUAUUAAUUAAUGCUAAUACCAUAACAUCAAAAAUGCCAGUAAAAUAUUUGUUAUAAGUACCGGUAGGUUACCUUUUCAUCAAUUCAAUUUUGAAACAUGCUCAGGAAAAAUUCUGAAAUAAGCAUGUUCAGACAAUGAUUUUAAAUGAGACUUUUUCAAAGUCGUCCCCCAGUAACUGAUCCACUGCUCACAGCCCUGCACUGGAAUAAUACACAGUGUAAUGAAUUUCAACAAAAAAAAUGGCUCCAUGCAAAUGUCCAUUCUUGAAAGCGGUAACUCAGAUCUGUGAUUGUUAAUGACCUCUUGUAAAGUCAUUGAAGAGAUGUUUCAAUAUUCUAUUUUUAGAAACUAUACUCUCCUCUUCGAUCUCAUUUCCAUUCUUUUAAAAGAAAUAUUAUUCAGUUUCUUGUUUUAAAUUUCAUGGAUUCUUUUAAAUUAUUUUUUGUAGUUUGUUGACACAUGACCAAUUUUUACAUUCUUGUGCAGGAAACUUUACAAACCUUUACACAUAAGAAAAAGAGAUACAUUGUAGAGUAUAUGGAUCUCCCUUUAUAAUGUAUGUUUGUUUUCCAUCCAUCAAAAAACUGGCUAUAAAAUAUGUCAGCGUUUUUUAUUGUUUUUUAUUUCACCAUUGUUCAACCUUGUUUUAAGGUUGUUUAUUUUGUAUAUACUCUUUAUAUGUGUAUUUAUAGAUAUAUUUAUAUGCAUAGGAUACAUCUUAAUUUUUUUUUUGUGUAUACCAUUCAUGUUUUUAAAAACAUCUUCUCAAUGUCAAAGCUUAAACAUUUAAGAAUUUACUCAAAGAAAGCUUUGGAGAAUAAUAAUGUAAUGCAACACCUUCAGUAACCCUGUAAGUGUGGGCUUCACCUUUGUAUGUAAUCUUGUUGCCAAAUAGAUUAGUUUUAAACCAGUGGUGGGCAAGAUUCAAAAGUUACAGAGGCAUAAACUUUGAAAGAGUGGGAAAAUAUUACCCAAAACAGAGGAAAUUUAUUAUUUCAUCCCAAAGCGAAACAACCCCAUAUAGAAGUGACAUCUGUUAUUAAAAAUUUAAACUACACAAUCAUUUUCUUUUCCAUUUUUAUGAUUAUUUAAAUUUUAUUAUAGGUAGCACAGCCAUUCAAAACAGAGGCAUGAGCCAUAAUUGGCUCACCAGCCAUAGUUUGGCCACUCCUGUUUUAAAUAUUCUAAAUAAAUCUAAAGUAUGCUUAGAAUUUUUUCUUUGGUCUCAGAAUUCUUGAAGUAAAGUUUCUGGGCAGUCCUUGUUUUCAUAGAUCAAUAUGAUUAUAGUAAAACUUGAUUAUUAGAAGAACUUAGUUCUCACACUAUAUUUUUGUCUCAUUUUUUGGUUAUUGUAAUUAUGCAACCUUAAUUGUGAAUACAUGCUAUACUGUUUUUUAAACUUUAAAAGCGCAUUAUUCUCCAGAUAUUUUUAUUUCUUCCAAUAGUGAGGACGAUGUUGUCUAUUGAGGUUAUUUAUCCUAACAUUUGUUUAUAUUUUGAUCCUUGCUUUAUUUUUUUUUAUGGCUAAAACUGACAACUGAUAAGAUUCUUGGUGUUAUUUUUAAUUGAAAUAUAAUGAAUAUAAUUAAAUUACAAGGACAACAUUGUCACAUAAAUGUGUGCCUUACAAUGACAAAAUGUUAGCUUUCUGUUUAUGGGACCUUGCAGAUCUGUCAUUCUUUAAUUUAAAAUGUGCUCACCAACCAAACUAAAGGUUUGCUAAGUUUUUAUACUUUACGAUUCUUGCUGUUUACAAGCAACAAAAACAAAAAAAAUCGAUGGCAUGAGGAAUAUUUUAAAAUGCAUUCUUUACUAAUACUUUAC